UUUCGACGUUUAUGCACAUCUUGUGCAAUGGAUAAGAAAAAACUAGAUUACUAUUACGAUCUUCUGAACUCCACCAUUCUUUGUUAUCAAAACACUUUGACAGGUCUUAUUCCUUCCUCUGUCACUAGCUCUCAUGCUUGGGUCAGAGAUAACGUUUACGCUUCACUUUCUAUAUGGGGAUUGUCCCUAUCCUAUCGCAAGUUACCAGACGUAGAUGAAGAUCGUUCUAGGGGCUACGAGUUAGAAAAAGUAAGCAGAUAUAAUCNNNNUGCUAAGUUUGAUGCAAACACAUGCAAACCCGUAGUUGGAGACGAUCAAUGGGGCCACCUGCAGAUUGAUGCGGUAUCUGUAUAUCUUUUAACUUUAGCACAAAUGACUGCAUCAGGCCUACGUAUCAUAUGGACUAGAGAGGAGGUGGCAUUCAUUCAGAAUCUUGUGUUCUAUAUCGAGUAUGCCUACCGUAUUCCGGACUACGGAAUUUGGGAACGGGGUGACAAGACGAAUCACGGUCUACCUGAACUUAACACAAGUUCUGUUGGCAUGGCUAAAGUAAGUUUUCAUCGGAAAACUGUUUUGAUCUUUUCACUCCAUACACAUUUAAAUGUUCAUUUGCGUCUUUCUGCAUUAAAUUGGCUUAGCUCACCUGGUCGGUUGAUCAUUUCAUCCUUGUACAUCUUAAAUAUUACCACUAAUCUUGUAUGCAUUGCGAGUUUGGCAGCAAUCAUUGAAGUUCGCUGUACUGUAUUUCUCUGUGCAAUGAUGAUGAUGACCUACACCUGGAGUGUGUUGAUUCAGGGGUGGUCUACAACUUCCAGGGAAUCACAUUGUGCAGAACAUCGUGUGAAAGAGACCUGGGAAUUAUGGUGGCGUCAUCACUGA